AUGAGAAACCACACUGUGAUCACAGAGUUUGUACUGUUGGGUAUAUCAGACACACCAGAACAUCAACUUGUAAUUUUCAUCUUUUUAUUAAUAACCUAUGUAUUAAGUGUCACUGGAAAUGUAACCAUCAUCACACUUACCUUGCUAGAUUCUUGUUUAAAGACUCCUAUGUAUUUCUUUCUCCAGAAUUUUUCCUUCUUAGAAAUUACAUUCACUAGUGUUUCAAUUCCCAGAUUUUUAGGAUCAAUAAUCACUAAUGUCAAGAGCAUUUCUUAUAACAACUGUUUGGCUCAGUUAUAUUUCUUCAUCUCCAUGGGAGUGUCUGAGUUCUUUCUUCUAACUGCUAUGUCUUAUGAUCGCUAUGUUGCAAUCUGCAAGCCACUGCACUACACCCUCGUAAUGAGUCAGAAAGUCUGUACCCUUCUUGUUCUCACUUCAUGGAUGGCAGGAUUCCUGACCAUCUUCCCACCAUUAAUGUUGGUCCUCAAGUUGGACUUCUGUGCUUCUAAUGUCAUUGAUCACUUCUAUGACUACUUCCUCAUUCUAAAGCUCUCCUGCUCAGAUACAAGGAGUUUAAAGAUGAUUGACUUUUACUUUGCAUUUGUCAUUCUGUUGUUCACACUGGCUUUAGUGAUCUUGUCAUACAUUUGCAUCAUCAACACCAUUCUGAGGUUCCCAUCUGCCAGUCAGAGGAAAAAGGCUUUCUCCACCUGUUCCUCUCACAUGAUAGUCAUCUCCCUGUCCUACGGAAGCUGCAUUUUUAUCUAUGUGAAACCUUCUGCAAAUGAAAUGGCAUCACUGACCAAAGCAGUAGCUGUUCUCAAUACUUCAAUUGCCCCUUUGUUGAACACCUUUAUUUAUACAUUAAGGAACCAGCAAGUAAAACAAGCUUUCAAAGAUUUGAUUUACAAAGUAUUGUUGUAUAGAAGUAAAUGA